AUGGCCUUGCUCCAACGAAUAUUUUCGUCAAAAAAAGGGCCGAGAAGUUUUUCUAACGAUACCAACGCUCGCAGGAACGACCCCUUACAGAAGACUGUCCCACCAAAGCUAGAUAAAUCAAAUAUCAGACUGGUUGUUUUUGCAGAGACAGACCGUGGCCGCACUCCUUACUUUGAUUCCAAUGCCAUUACAUGCAUUGAAGAAGUAGACAAACAGAAUGUCUUCAAAACAGCCCCAAAAACCAUGCGAGCAAGAGCAUUUAAUCAUCCUGGACAAGGAGAGAGUUCUCUCCCUUCACACAGGCAGAAUGCAAAAUAUCAUUUUCAGAAAUUAGGAAAUGAUGUCAAGGUACUCGAGGAAAUGAUGUUUGGAACAGUGGCAAUGGCAUUUAAAGGUUUAACACUUAAAGUCCAUCUUUUGAGGUCACCACCACAAUUGAUGGUCUCUAAAGUGUUCGUUCCAGAGAAACCAAACAGGGACAGUGCUGCUGAUCUCGAAUCAGACUCUAAUAGUUUGCCUAGCUCGUCUGCAGAUUUUUCAUCGGGGGAGUUUUAUUUGUCUGUUUCAAAGACAAAUGAAAAACGGAUGAGAAGCAUUCCCGUAGAUGUUCCAACUAAAGAAAUGUUGUCAGACUGCAGCACAGAUGAUGAUAGCGGAUUAGCUUCUUUUACAUCAAGUGGCAGUUUAAGAGCGUCUGUUCCAUCCCCAAGUAACAACAGCUUGAGCAGUUACAGCAGCCUUCACCGCAGGUGGAUGAGAGCUCAGACAACAUCCCUGGAUGGGCACCACAGAAAGGAGAGCAGUCUGGUGUCUGAGAGUGCAUUGACAAGACCACGCAGAAACAAACUGGCUGUUGGCAUUCUGUUUGGUUCCAGCGAUGAGAAAGAUGAAGAAAGCAAUGAGUUGUUCCAGAGCUUUUUCUUCUCACAUUUUGCUUUGAUUGAAGGCCAUGUGGAAAAGUUGAGGUCGGUUGUGGAGAAAGCUUAUUUUAAUGCAAGGAAUUUUUUGCCUGCAAUUAUGGAGGCAUUACAAGUUUUCCGUAAUGAUAUUUUUGACCUUUUUAUGGCCCCUCGUCUGCCGGAGCCGGUAUGGUUGACCAUGAUGUCCACCACAUCAUACAAGACAAAACUGUGUGAGAAGUUUAUGGAGACUUUUGUCUCAUUGGUCACCAAGUAUGAUAAUAAAAACUGUAAAUU